AUGCAGUCUAUGCCACAACUGCUGAGGCAAACGCUACGGUCAAGCCUCCAACUCACACGCACACCAGUCCGAGAGCGGUUCCGCUACACCCCAACUCCAUUCCCCGUCCCGACUCCGCGGAGUUUCUCGACCUGCCUCCAAUGCCAAUUCCGCCAGCAGCCAGGGAGAUUUGCAGAUUUCAAUGACAGGGAAAGAGUCUCGGCUGAUACAGAGAGGUUAAUCAGGGAGAAAGAGAAGGAGCUGGCUGAUUUGGAGCUCGCUUCGCGCGACCCGGUACCGAUUCCGGGUGUGGAGGCGGGCAGCUCCUUGGAUGGUCCGCCUGCCCCCGAACCUCCAGCAAACACACAACCAAAAAAAGAAGAGGUCAAAGAUGCCCCCCAGAAAGAGUCCACUCGAACGAGUGGAGGCUUGCCCUCAUACCUGGAAAGCCGUCGGUCAAAAUGGUCCAAGCAGUUCGAUGAAGCUAUGGACAACCUUCAGUCCAAUGUCUUCGUGGCAGGUCAGCGAUUGAAUGAUCUGACUGGAUACUCCAGCAUUGAAGCACUGAAGAACGAGAUCCAAUUUCAAGAGGAACGACUCCGCACCGCCCGAUCCCACGUCAAACAAGCAAAGGAAAAAUACACCGCGGCAAUCAAUCGCCGCUCAAUGUCCCAGCGCGAAGUGAACGAGCUUCUCCAACGCAAGCAUGCCUGGUCCUCGACCGACCUGGAGCGCUUCACCCUCCUCUACCGCAACGACCACACCAACGAAGUUGCCGAAACAGAGACCGCACAUGCCUUAUCGGCCUCGGAGCGCGAAGCCGAAGAGGCAGCUGCCCAGCUGAGCAAGAGCAUUCUCUCCCGAUACCACGAGGAGCAGGUCUGGUCUGACAAGAUCCGUCGCAUGUCUACCUGGGGAACCUGGGGCCUGAUGGGAGUCAAUGUCCUGCUAUUCCUUGUUUUCCAGAUUAUGGUAGAGCCAUGGAGGAGGAAGAGACUCGUCAAGGGCUUUGAGGACAAGGUUGUCGAAGCUCUGGAGAAAGAGAAGGUCCUUAACCGGGCUGUCUUUGCCGAGAACGCUGUCUCCAUCUCCGCUCUGCCCACCACCCUCCCGGAGGUCAUUGAUUCCACUGACAAUCCUACUCCUUCACUUUUGGUUGAGCCGAAGUUUGCCAGAGAGAAAGAGAACGCCGCGAAAGCGACUCUGGUCACCCCGACUGAUACCCCUGCCUCCCAGUCUCUGCAGGCCCGCCUGUGGAACAUCACUUCACCUAUUACUUCGCUUGAGUACUGGACUCAAGUGUACCAUGAACUCUUCAGUGACCGUGGUGUCACAGCCUCUCAGCGUGAUCUUACAACUGUGGCUCUCCAGAGUGCCGCGGCUGGUGCCGUCAUGACCAGUCUCCUUUUCGCCCUACUUGGGCCUCGGUAA